GUAGAGGAGCUGGUCCCUGCAGGAGGUGCUGUCCAUGACCAUGACUCAUGUGGAUCUGGUAAUGACCACAUGAUUCAGGAAGAGGAAAGUAUCUUUAAAUGCAGUGAAUGUGGGAAAGUUUUUAACAAGAAACACCUUCUUGCUGGACAUGAAAAGAUUCACUCUGGUGUGAAGCCCUAUGAAUGCACAGAGUGUGGGAAAACCUUUAUUAAGAGCACACACCUCCUCCAGCACCACAUGAUCCACACCGGGGAGAGGCCCUAUGAGUGCACAGAGUGCGGGAAGGCCUUCAACCGCAGGUCCUACCUUACACAACACCAGCGGAUUCACACUGGAGAGAAGCCUUACAAGUGCAAUGAAUGUGGAAAGGCCUUCACCCACCGCUCCAACUUUGUCUUACAUAAGAGGAGACACACCGGGGAAAAACCCUUUGUGUGCAAAGAAUGUGGGCAAGUCUUCCGACAUAGGCCAGGAUUCCUUCGACAUCACAUCAUUCACAGUGGUGAGAAUCCGUAUGAGUGCUUUGAAUGUGGCAAGGUCUUUAAACACAAGUCAUACCUCGUGUGGCACCAGCAGACUCACACUGGGGAGAAGCCCUACGAGUGCGGUGAAUGCGGUAAAGCCUUCUGUGAGAGCGCAGCCCUCAUUCACCACUAUGUCAUCCACACUGGGGAGAAACCCUUUGAAUGCCUCGAGUGUGGGAAGGCCUUCAACCACAGAUCAUACCUCAAGAGGCACCAGCGGAUUCACACUGGGGAGAAGCCUUUUGUGUGCACUGAAUGUGGAAGGGCCUUCACCCACUGCUCCACUUUUAUCUUGCAUAAACGGGCCCACACUGGAGAGAAACCUUUUGAGUGCAAAGAAUGUGGGAAAGCCUUUAGCACUAGGAAAGACCUCAUUCGGCACUUCAGCAUCCACACUGGGGAGAAGCCCUUUGAGUGCACGGAGUGUGGGAAGGCCUUCAACCGCAGGUCAGGCCUCACCAGGCACCAGCGGAUUCACAGUGGAGAGAAGCCCUAUGAAUGCAUGGAGUGUGGGAAGUCCUUUUGCUGGAGCACAAACCUCAUUCGACAUGCCAUCAUCCACACGGGAGAGAAGCCUUAUAAGUGCAGUGAAUGUGGAAAGGCCUUCAGUCGUAGCUCAUCCCUCACUCAGCAUCAAAGGAUUCAUACUGGGAGAAACCCUGAAAGUAUUUUUAAAUGCAACGAAUGUGGGAAAAUUUUUAAUAAGAAACGCCUCCUUGCUCGACAUGAGAGGAUUCACUCUGGAGUGAAGCCCUAUGAAUGCACAGAGUGUGGGAAAACCUUUAGUAAGAGCACUUAUCUCCUUCAACACCACAUGGUCCACACCGGGGAGAAGCCCUAUAAGUGCAUGGAGUGUGGCAAGGCCUUCAACCGCAAGUCACACCUUACACAACACCAGCGGAUUCACAGUGGAGAAAAGCCUUAUAAAUGCAAUGAAUGUGGAAAGGCCUUCACCCACCGCUCCACUUUUGUUUUGCAUAACAGGAGCCACACUGGAGAAAAACCCUUUGUGUGCAAAGAAUGUGGAAAAGCCUUCCGAGAUAGGCCAGGUUUCAUUCGACACUACAUUAUCCACAGUGGUGAGAAUCCGUAUGAGUGCUUUGAAUGUGGCAAGGUCUUUAAACACAGGUCAUACCUCAUGUGGCACCAGCAGAUUCACACUGGGGAGAAGCCCUACGAAUGCAGUGAAUGUGGGAAAGCCUUCUGUGAGAGCGCAGCCCUCAUUCACCACUAUGUCAUCCACACUGGGGAGAAGCCCUUUGAGUGCCUCGAGUGUGGGAAGGCCUUCAACCACAGGUCAUACCUCAAGAGGCACCAGCGGAUUCACACUGGGGAGAAGCCCUAUGUGUGCACUGAAUGUGGAAAGGCCUUCACCCACUGCUCCACUUUUAUCUUGCAUAAACGGGCCCACACUGGAGAGAAACCUUUUGAGUGCAAAGAAUGUGGGAAAGCCUUUAGCAAUCGGGCAGACCUCAUUCGGCACUUCAGCAUCCACACUGGAGAGAAGCCCUACGAGUGCAUGGAGUGUGGGAAGGCCUUUAACCGCAGGUCAGGCCUCACCAGGCACCAGCGGAUUCACAGUGGAGAGAAGCCCUAUGAAUGCCUCGAGUGUGGGAAAACCUUCUGCUGGAGCACAAACCUCAUUCGACACUCCAUCAUCCACACUGGAGAGAAGCCCUAUGAGUGCAGUGAGUGUGGAAAGGCCUUCAGUCGCAGCUCAUCCCUCACUCAGCAUCAGAGGGUUCAUACUGGGAGAAACCCUGUCAGUGUGACAGAUGUGGGAAGAACCUUCACAAGUGGGCAAUCCUCAGUCAAUCUUCAAGAACUCCUAUUGGGGAAAGACUUUUUGCAUGUAACCACUGAGGAAAAUCUUUUGCCAGAGGAAACAUCUUACUCAGAAUCUGAUCAUUCAUACCAAAGAGAAACACCACAAUUUUCUUCCCUAGUGCGACCGUCGGCCGAGGUGACCCCUCCCAACCCCAACCCCCUCACCCCUCUGCUCUGGGCAGGAGGCGGGCGGCUGAAUCCUGGAGCCACCUCUCUGGCCCCGCUCUCUCCUCACGGUCCCGUGAUGGCGGCGGGGUGGUUGGACCCGGCACGGAUGAUUGUUACUUAUGAGGACGUGGCCGUGACUUUUACCCAGGAGGAGUGGGGGCAGCUGGACCCUGCCCAGAGGACCCUGUACCAGGAGGUGAUGCUGGAGACCUGCGGGCUCCUGGUCUCUCUGGGAUGUCCUUUGCCCAAGCCAGAGCUGAUCCACCCACUGGAGCACAGCCCAGAGUUACAGACGUGGAAGAGAGGCCUCUCCCCAAGCUCCUGCCCAGGUGGCAACACAAAAGCUGAUACCACAGAGCCUACCCCUUCUCACCGGGCGUUGUCUGAGGAAGUCUCACCCCAGGAACAACUGACUCAGCGAGCCUCAGGGGACUCCCUGUUGGGACAAACCAAGGAUCAGGAUGGGCCACUGGAAAUGCAUGAAGUCCACUUGAGACCAGGGAUGGACCCCCAGAGGGAGAAGCUCUCUGGGAAAAUGAGCCCUGAACAUGGUGGUUUAGGGACACAUGAUGGUCUUCACUCAAGGAUUGUUCAGCAGCGAGUCUUUCCAGGAGAUAUUCUUUAUGAAUGUGACUCACGUGGACCAGUGAAAGGACCCUUGAUACAUGAAGGGAAACACCUCUAUAAGUGUGAGGAAUGUGGGAAAGUUUUUAACAAGAAUUGCUUCCUUGUUCGACACGAGCAGAUUCACUCUGGCGUGAAGCCCUAUGAAUGCACAGAGUGUGGGAAAACCUUUAUUAAGAGCACACACCUCCUCCAGCACUACAUGAUCCACACCAGGGAGAGGCCCUAUGAGUGCACAGAGUGCGGGAAGGCCUUCAACCGCAGGUCACACCUCACGAGGCACCAGCGGAUUCACACUGGAGAGAAGCCUUACAAGUGCAGUGAGUGUGGAAAGACCUUCACCCACCGCUCCAAUUUAGUCUUACAUAACAGAAGCCACACUGGUGAAAAACCCUUUGUGUGCAAAGAAUGUGGGAAAGCCUUUCGAGAUAAGACAGGUUUCCUUCGACACUACAUCAUCCACACUGGAGAGAAGCCCUUUGAGUGUGUGGAGUGUGGGAAAUCCUUCAACCGCAGAUCACAUCUCACCUGGCACCAGCAGAUUCAUAGUGGAGUGAGACCCUUUGAAUGCAACGAAUGUGGGAAAGGCUUUUGUGACAGCACAGACCUCAUCCAACACUAUGUCAUCCACACUGGAGAGAAGCCAUACAAGUGCCUUGAGUGCGGGAAGGCCUUCUACCGCAGGUCACACCUCAAGCAGCACCAGCGGAGUCAUACCGGGGAGAAGCCCUAUGUGUGCGGUGAAUGUGGAAAGGCCUUUACCCACUGUUCCACUUUUAUCUUACAUAAAAGAGCCCACACUGGAGAAAAACCCUAUGAAUGCAAAGAAUGUGGGAAAGCCUUUAGUAAUCGGUCAGACCUCAUUCGACACUUCAGCAUCCACACUGAAGAGAAGCCUUAUGAGUGCAUGGAGUGUGGGAAAGCCUUUAACCGUAGGUCAUACCUCACCAGACACCAGCGGAUUCACAGUGGAGAGAAGCCCUAUGAAUGCAUGGAAUGUGGCAAAGCCUUUUGCCAAAGGGCAAACCUCAUUCGACAUGCCAUCAUCCACACUGGAGAGAAGCCCUAUGUGUGCACUGAAUGCGGAAAGGCCUUUACCUACUGCUAUACUUUUAUCUUGCAUAAAAGGGCCCAUAUUGGAGAAAAACCUUUUGAGUGCAAAGAAUGUGGGAAAGCUUUUAGCACUAGGAAAGACCUCAUUCGACACAUUAGCAUCCAUGCUGGAGAGAAGCCCUAUGAGUGCAUGGAGUGCGGGAAGGCCUUUAACCGCAGGUCAGGCCUCACCAGGCACCAGCGGAUUCACAGUGGAGAGAAGCCCUAUGAAUGCCUCGAGUGUGGGAAAACCUUCUGCUGGAGCACAAACCUCAUUCGACACUCCGUCAUCCACACAGGAGAGAAGCCCUAUGAGUGCAGUGAGUGUGGAAAGGCCUUCAGUCGCAACUCAUCCCUCACUCAGCAUCAGAGGGUUCAUACUGGGAGAAACCCUGUCAGUGUGACAGAUGUGGGAAGAACCUUCACAAGUGGGCAGUCCUCAGUCAGUCUUCAAGAACUCCUACUGGGGAAAGACUUUUUGCAUGUAACGACUGAGGAAAAUCUUUUGCCAGAGGUAGCAUCUUACUCAGAAUCUGAUCAUUCAUACCAAAGAGAAACCUCUCAUUUUUCUUCCCCAUGAGAAAAGCUAUUGCAGGAUAUCAGUUGUCAUCUAAAGAGUCAUCUUAGAAAUGGCCUCAGCCUAGAAACUUAUUCUGUAUCUGAAAAUUCACACAGGAGAGUAAUCCAAUCUUUAUUGUGCACUUAGCAAAACCCUCAGCCACAUCUUUCUCCUUAGCUUACGCUACAAAAUUAUCUCAGGGAUAUUUGUAAACAAAAGAGGAGGAGACGAGAAAAGAGAAAAAUGCAAACAGUUUUCAGAUUUCAGUGAUGAGCCUGUGGCAAUUUGUCAUCCCUUCCUUAGUUUAGUUGAGGCAAGGGGAGUGUUGUUGCAGAGAUCAGAGGGCCUUGUUCCUUUUAUUUGUCUUGAAUAUACAUGCACCUGCUGUCCAGUGUCAGGAGAGUUAGUUGAGAAUAUGUCUGAAAAUAUUUACUGCAAGCCAACUUUGUUCUACAACAUCGUCUUUAUCCUUGAGUAGCAUAUGUCUUUAUGAGAAAUAUGAAGGCUUGACUUAUGAAAUACUUUCAUAUUUAAGGAGAUAAAGAUGUAUGUAUGAGUGGGCCCAUUUUACUGCAUAUUUAAGACUGAUUUUUUGAGAACAUACUCUGUCAUGUGUCUUUAACCACCCAACACUCAUACUUAAUCUACUUGUUCAUUCUUUUUUUUUCUGUGGGGUGACAAUGACAGUGUAGCUGUGCGACCUUUCCAGAUGAAUCCCAGUUCUUCCCUCUGAUUCCUCCUUAUAGAGGUUUCUUCAGGUCCACCUCAGUGACUUUCUAGAGGUCGAAUUAGAGCCAGAACAAAAUAAAACACAUAGCUAAAUUAAGCUAAAGGAUAAUGAUACAUGCAGAGAGGUAGUCUCAUUUUUAAUCUUACAAAAGAUUGUGUGAAGAGUCACUGUCAAGGAAAGUGACUAGAAUUUUAACAGAUGAUAUGAGCAUGUGUGGGUGCAGGUACAUGUGUGUUCCACAGUUGUUGCCAUUGGCUUAGUCCCAGUAUAAUGACUAAAUGACUAGUAUCUUUUGUCAGGGUAUUUUGAAAUUACUUCUUUGGAGUUUUGUUUUUUUUUGUUUUUGUUUUGUUUUUUGGUUUUUUUUUUUUUUGAGCAACGUGAUAGUAUUCCUUCAUGUUAAGAAAUAUACUGUACAGAAAGACAUAAAAAUAAUCAUGCAUUCACUCUGAACCCUCCUCAGGGCCUUUCAAAUGACUGCAUGUCUAGUUUUGUAUUCCCAUUGAAGGCCAAGUCAUUUUUGUUAUGUUAAUCCAUGGCAUUAUUGUGAAGGCCCCUUCUUCAUGCUUUUCAUGUCUUGUCUAAGAAGUCUUCAGCAAGCUCU